GACGCACACAUGCACAAACAGAGGAAAAGGACAUAUGUUAGGUCGGUAUGCAGGAUUCUACUUUAUUGGCUGCGGAGAAAAUAAACAAAAUGGCGUGCGUGUAGUUGGGAAAAUUAAAAAAUUUGAAGUAUUGUCAAAAUAAAAGUUAGGAAAACAUUAUUAAUUAAGUGUCCAAAUUUUCUAUCCGGCCGUAGUAAUUAGAAUGUAACGUGCGAACUUCUGGCCCGAAUCAAAAUUUUUAGUUAAACAAAACAGAAGUGUGUGUUUGUAUGCGUAAGUUGCGAAAAUGGAAAAUCCUCAGGGCGACACUUUGAACGAUAGAGUAUCAACAGCAGAAAUCAAGUUUCAGACUACUCACAAACCAGGCGUUACCGAUUUGAGACCAUUAGCAGAACAAGAUACUGAAGUAGACUAUGUACCGUGGAAAAACGACCAAAAGAUUAUUUCCAAGUCCCUUUCCGCUGAAUUCCUGAAAAGUCCAAGUCUGAUACGCAAGCAACUAUGUGUGAAGAGUUUGAGAAAGGAAAUAUCGCAGGAAGUAGGAUUGCCAAAUGAUCGUUGGCUAGUUGGAGGAUCAUUGGGCUCGCGCAAUGCCUUGCUCGUGUUCCGAUCGUCGGCUUUAGCCAAUUCAUCAGAAACCUCCGUUCAUUUGAAACCUGGUCACAAGAUGCACAUAACGUACCGCUGUGUGCAAGCAGAAACAAAACUUCUGGCAAAACUGCUGGAAUGCCAUGGAAUUACCGAGGCAGCAUCAAAUUCGAACGAUUUCAAUCUACUAUGGACCGGGGCCCAUCCGAAACCAGGUGUUUUGAGGUCUUUGGCGCCACACCAAAGAGUGAAUCAUUUCCCUCGCUCUUACGAAUUGACACGCAAGGAUAGAUUGUAUAAAAAUAUAGAGAGGAUGCAGCACGCGAAGGGCUAUAAACAUUUCGAUUUUAUUCCUCAGACUUUCCUGAUGCCUUCGGAAUACAAGGAGUUGUGCUCCUCGCAUCACAGGAUCAAGGGUCCUUGGAUUAUAAAACCCGCGGCUUCAAGUCGUGGAAGAGGUAUUUAUAUUGUUGAAACACCUACCCAAGUUCCAUUGGAAGAGCCCGUCGUAGUGGCCAAGUACAUUUCAAGGCCACUAUUGAUUAAGGGACAUAAGUGCGAUUUAAGAUUGUAUGUAGCUGUAACAUCAUUUGAUCCCUUGUUGAUUUACAUCUACGAAGAGGGAAUGGUACGAUUCGCUACUGUCAAAUAUGACACGACGCACAAGCAACUGUGGAAUCCUUGCAUGCAUUUGUGUAAUUAUAGUAUCAACAAGUAUCACAGCGAUUACGUCAAAUCGGACGAUCCCAGCGUUGAAAACGUGGGUCAUAAAUGGACAUUAAGUGCUCUUUUAAGACAUCUGAAGUCUCAAGGCAAAGAUACAGCUUCUUUGAUGUCGCAGGUAGAAGAUCUCGUCAUUAAAGCCAUUUUGUCUUCUGGUAACUCUAUUGUUACCGCUUGCAAGAUGUUUGUUCCAAAUGCUGCUAAUUGUUUCGAAUUGUAUGGUUUUGAUAUCCUUAUUGAUGAGAAUUUGAAGCCCUGGCUUUUGGAGGUUAAUCUUUCGCCAUCUUUGGGUUGCGACAGUCCAUUAGACGUAAGAUUGAAAUCAGCAAUGUUAUCUGACUUAUUGACAUUAGUUGGUAUACCAGCUGUUGAUCCUAUCUUGAGACCAACCACAAGUCCAACGAAUAGCAAUAAAAGUUUAAAGAUGAAAUUAAGCAAUUGCCGAAGAGUCCAUUCGGCUGACGGGUUAAGCAAUACACUGCCAAAAAAGAACUCGAAUAGUAGACAGAGUGUGAACCUAUCGACUGCAUCGUUGACAAACGAAGAGUUGAAGAUGUUGAAGAAUGUGAAAGCUCAGUUCGAGCGACGCGGUGGAUUUGUACGAAUUUUCCCGGCUGUAGACAGCUGGACAAAGUACUCGCAAUAUUUAGAGCCUGUGACUGGCAUUCCAAUUUCCGGAAGCAAUAGUUCUGUUCCAUUUAGCAUGAUGUCGCAACAUAACAACAAUCAAAUACUUUACAUGCACCUCUUCCCAGACGUCCCAAUGACGCCGCCCAUUCUCAGGGACAGCAAGCAUUACUCCCGAAACUCUUUAGAUCGAAAACGUGAUUCAUCAUUGGAUAGCGUGCGCAAAUAUGAAAGUGCACUAUCGACUCCAAGACAAGAUCGUUACGAGCGUAAGUUGAUACAGGGUCAUAAGUCUGCAUUGGGAAUUAUGAAGAAACCGGUGAAAGAGACGCAUUCUAUGGAUCUGAAGCGACAAGUUAGUGAUCUCAUGAAGAACGGAAAACGCAUGUCGCAAGUCGAAGCGAGGAAAACUUUCAGUCAGUAUUUAUGUUGUGUAUUGAAGCGGAUUUCAUCGAAUCCUAACCAGGAAGGGCACAUUGAAAUUGUACUUAAGUUUCUGCAAAAGGCUUCGAGUUAUUUGAAAAGUCCAUUUAACGUUAAGAUUCCUAGUCAUAAACUAUCAGAAAAGGAUAGAGCAGCUAUUGUGGCGAAGCAAUUGAACGAUUUCCUCUAUCUAUACAACAGGGAGACAGAAAUGUAUGCCGAAUUAGAUAGGCCGAGUCAAAUACCAAGGGAUUUAUUUUCAGACUUUUUGGAGCACGCCAGGGAGUGCGAUCUCGAAGAGGUGUUGAUGUUGCAAAAUGUGCAGACCGUACCAAACGCCUCGGUCACCAACAACACCAAUUCAACAACGGGGGGUGGUGCACCAGUUUCCAAUAUUCAGGGCUUGCUUUUGCGUUGCCUGCCAAAUCUAACGGGUAGUUCAGUCUGUUGCCGUGCAACCGACAAAAAAAGCGUCAAAGUGACACCAUUGUCAUGAUUUUCGACGUCGCAUAGUUAUAUUUAUCGAAAAUUAAGCAGGCUUUACUUCCACUUACCCUACAAGAUACAAGUUCAAUAGCGAUGUACACGUUCCUUGCAAUAUUCUAGUCUAUCUCAUUUAUUAUUAUUUAUAUUUUUUUUUCUAUUUUGGCCCCUGGUGCGAAUCAGUUUCAACGAAGAACGUAUACAAUGAAGUUAUAUUUAAAUCGAAAUGAUUGUUGAUUGUUGCGAUCGUAUUUAUCUAUAUUUAAAUUGCUUCAAACCUUAUAUAUUCAUGUUGAAAGGUAUUCCAAUUUAUACCAUUUUAGAUCGUAGAUUAUAGAAGGAAGUAAUGCAGCGAAUUGAAUUAUGAAUUUUAAUUAAUAAACAUUUGCACGGGUGGUAAUUUCAAACUGGAAAGUGGAGAUAGCAUCGAAUUCGUGUUAGUAAUUCGAACAAUCCACUCAGUUUGCUUCAUUUAGAUCAAAUUCCAUGUUGCAUUAUUUUCUUUCCUAUUAUCACGGCAUUUUUACGAUGGGGCUCGCAUUUUAUUUAGUCAAUUAAAAGCAACUACUAAGUUCGGUAUUACAAUUAGUUUUGUGAUAUUAAGCUCAAUUAUUUCUAUUUCCUUUAUUUUAUAAUUUAUUUGCAUUUGAAAAAUGUAUGAUACGAUACAUUUAUCCGGCUGUUUUAUUUGAUUUGACACAUUUAUGUUUUAUGCUCUCUUUACUCAAUUUUUGAUAAUUUAAAGCGUGUUGGACCUAAUAUUUUUGAAUCGAAGAUUGUAGCUAAUUUUAUGCUUGAUUCAAAAUUUCUAAUUGAUCUACCAAUUUUUUUUACAACUUUUGAUACUUAUUUAAUUAAUUCUCAAAUAAAAGAUUAGUUACCAUCAAAUAG